AUGUUUGACGUCCUCGGUUUUGUCGCCGUCGUCGCCCACACCUCUUUCGAUCCUGGCUACGGAUGUCAGGGACGGAGGUCUCGGCCUGGGGAUGAGAUGAUGUAUUCGCAGGUCUCUCACUGGCUACGUGGCCUCGCCAGCCGAGCGGCCGAGUACGUAGCCUACUUCCAGAUCUGCCACGCGCUGUGCGUGCCCCUGAUCAAGACGUCCAUCGCCGUGGCGCUGGUGCGCAUCGCCGAAGCCAAGCGGUACCGGUUCCCGCUGUACUCUGUCAUGCUCGCGUCGACGGUGCUCUGCUUCGCCGGAUGGAUCUCGCUCGUCUCGCUGUGCAACCCCACGGCCACCCUCUGGAACCCCCAGCUGGGCACGUGCGGCAACUACGAGAUCAUCACCAAGAUCAGCUACGUCGUCUCCAUCGUCACAAUCGUCACCGACUGGACCUGCGCCAUCAUACCCUUCUUCGUGCUGCGCAAGCUGCAGGUGUCGAUGCGCACAAAGUCCCUCCUGCUCUUCGUCCUGGGAAUGGGCGUCUUAGCUAGCGUGGCCUCUGCCGUUCGCUACCCGUGGCUCAAGUAUUACGACGUCACCACUGAUGCUCUCUGGUACACCUCCCACAUCAUCAUCUGGUGCGUCGUCGAGGGCGGUCUCGACCUCCUCGCGGGCUCCCUCCCGUCGCUCCACAAGCUACGCACCAUCAUCAUGAGGCGCAAGGGCACUCAGAACUCGCAGUCGGGUCUCUCCCAGUCCUUGAACGGGAGUGGCAACCGCGGAAUCAUCCUGGAUCCGAUCUCGAGGCCGGGAAAGCAUGGACAUGGGAACCACUCGACUUUUGCGGAGGGCGGCGAGUGGGAUCGUCUCAGUGACGGCACCGCGAGCGGAAAGCUCAUUAUACAAUCUCACAGUGUCCAUGCCACUCGGGAGACGUCCGGUGAGCGUGCUGAGCCGUCAUGGUUCAAUUGA